AUGGCGAACAGCAAAUUCGAAUACGUGCGCGGGUUCGAGCAGCCCGACAAUCUAAUUCCCAACACCUGGAUCGUAGUACGGAUAGACGGACGUGGCUUUUCCAAGUUCACGUCCAAAUAUGAGUUCCUCAAGCCUAACGACAAGAAUGGCCUUGAUGUCAUGAAUGCUGCGGCUGUAGCGGUCAUGAAAGAGCUGCCCGACCUUGUCCUUGCAUUUGGCAACAGCGACGAAUACAGGACUGCGCCUUAUUCGAACGACGAGCCAGGUCAUAUCAACAAUCUGUACAACACCACUUUCUGGACCCUUGUUCAGCAGGGUGGCAUGGGAGCGCGAGAAGCAGAGCAAAGACUCAAAGGCACAGUGUCAUCCGACAAGAACGAGAUCUUGUUCAAGGAGUUCGGAAUCAACUACAACAACGAACCAGAGUGCUUCAAGAAAGGCACGGUGCUGUACAGAGAUGUAAGAGAUGCUUCAGCACCAUCAGAAUUCACGUCCACGUAUCUAACCGUGGCAGUUUUUCCCUACACCACCGACCGAGGCAUUGUCGUCACCCGUGCUGUCGGACUUCCCAACGCCACCGAUCGCUCAGCCAACACCAAAGCGAGCGUCCAAUCACCGGGCAUCACAGUCUAUUGA